AUGCCGCGAUUCUACGUACCAGUUCUCAAGAACCAAACGGUUCUAACAUCAAUUCGAGUACCCAAGCUCUCUCCUCUCAUACCUUCUCGUCAAUUCAGAGUAAAUCCUACCAGAAAAUGCCCCGUUCCAGACGAGAUCAAAAUGGCAGCCAAUGAAAGCAACCAAAGCUUCAAGCUAGAAAAGCUAUUUAAUGUGAAGGACAAAGUGGCCCUCGUCACAGGCGGCGGCUCAGGAAUAGGCCUAAUGGCAGCGCAAGCAUUAGCCGUGAACGGCGCCAAAGUAUACAUAACCGGGCGCACAGGACAGAAACUCGACCGUGUAGCCACACUCUACGACAACGUCGAGAACCAGAUAAGCGGGAAGAUAAUCGCCCUCCCAGGCGACGUAACUAAAAAAGACGAGAUCCGCAAGCUAGUCUCCGAGAUUUCCACGCGGGAAGGCCACCUCUCAAUCUUAAUGAACAACGCCGGAAUAUCCAGCAAGACGGAAGACACCGAGCGCGAAGACGCCUCCGAGCUCCGCGAAACCCUCUUCGAAGGCCCAGCCGCGACAUUCGAGGAAUGGGACUCGGUAUUCCGCACGAACGUCUCACAGCUCUUCUUCAUGACAACGGCAUUCCUGCCGCUGCUGCAGCGUGGCUCGGAGGUCGAGCAUGGCUGGUCCAGCACCGUGCUCAACACGACUUCUAUAUCGGGGAUUGUGAAGGUCGCGCAGCACCAUUUUGCGUAUAAUGCUUCCAAGGCGGCGGCGAUCCAUUUGACCAAGAUGCUUGCGCAGGAGGUUAGCUCGUCGAAGCUGCGUGUUAGGGUUAAUAACAUUUCGCCGGGCGUUUUCCCCAGUGAGAUGACUACUGGGAAGAGCGAUGAGAUGCAGAAGAGUUUCCUUCCGCCUGAGAAGUAUCAGAAGAAGGUUCCUGCUGCUAGGCCUGGGAAGGAUGAGGAUAUGGCUAGUACUGUGCUUUUUGCGGUUUGUAACCAGUACUUGAAUGGGCAGACAGUUGUUGUUGAUGGGGGGUAUGUUCUUGCUGCUGGGUCUGCGUGA